CCACACCCCGCCCCGCCCCCACCCGUGCGCCGUGGUGUAAACGAAGAAAAUGGUGACUGCAAGUGCUCCGAAAUAGCGGCAGAGCGAAACCACCUACAUUUACGGUCUUAUGCUUCUUUCUCAAUCAAGUGGACUCAUAAUGCGAUCGUGAAGCUACGUGAUGCGUUUGAGUGGACCCACAAUCUCCACGCGAGAUGUUUUGAGCGGGCUCGUGUGAUUUCGAUCGUGCGCUUUGAUGAUGUGCAUGGGGUAUGAUGUGCACUCAUCUUGACUUGGCACUCAGCUGAGUUGAUAUUCGUGGCUGGAGGAGUUACUCAUAUUGCGGAAGGAUAUGAAGGAAAUGGUCGGCGGGUGCUGUGUUUGCUCGGACGAGAGGGGCUGGGCAGAGAACCCCCUUGUAUACUGUGACGGUCAAGGAUGCACUGUCGCCGUUCACCAAGCUUGCUAUGGUAUUGUUACUGUACCCACUGGACCUUGGUUUUGCCGGAAAUGUGAAUCUCAGGAAAGGGCUGUAAGAGUGAGAUGUGAAUUAUGUCCUAUUAAAGAUGGUGCAUUGAAGAGAACUGACAAUCAAGCGUGGGCACAUGUAGUGUGCGCGUUAUAUAUUCCAGAGGUGCGAUUUGGAAAUGUGUCUACAAUGGAACCAAUCAUUCUGUCUUUGGUGCCUUCUGAACGUUACAACAAGACUUGUUAUAUAUGUGACACCCAAGGUAAGGGAUCGAGAGCGGUUCAAGGAGCCUGUAUGAAUUGCAAUAAGCCUGGGUGCAAGAUGCAAUUCCAUGUGACAUGUGCUCAAGGACUAGGACUUUUAUGUGAAGAAGCAGGGAAUUACAUGGAUAAUGUGAAAUAUUGUGGUUAUUGCCAACAUCAUUAUUCUAAGUUGAAAAAGGGAGGAAAUGUUAAGCAGGUCCCUCCAUACAAGCCUGUACCUAAUGAUUCCCCUGAGGAAAGGGAAGAAGGUGGUCGGAAGCGUAAGAGCCAGGGUGGUAAAGGAGGUGGGCGCGGAAGGAACGCCACACCUAGUCCUAACCUAAAUAAGCAAGGAGCUGCUAGCCCUAGUCCUGGCAGUGAGAGUGGUGAUCAUAGCAGAGCAAGCACACCUGCUGGUUCCAAUGGGACUGCCACCAAAGAGCUCUUACCCCCUCCGUCUAGCUCUAGUUCUGUCAUUAAAGACAGUAAAGAUAAAGACAAGAAGGAGGAGAAAGGAAAAGAAAGUGAAAAAGAUAAAGAUAAGGACAAAAAGGAUUCAAAAGAUGUAGCAAAUAGUAAUAUAAGUAGUACUGCUUCAACAACCUCUGCUAAAUUCACUACAUCUAAUUUUGUUGAGACGGUGGUGACACCAAGUGAAAGUGUUUUUGGUGCGGAUGGGUCUAAAGCGGCAACUGGUAGUAGUGGUUCUUCAAACACCAAAAAACGUCGUAAUGCUGGAGGCGUCCGAACUCCACCAUCAAGUACACCUUCACAGGACAAAGACACCAAAGAGAAAGAAAAAGAUGCUUUAGGAAGUAGUUCUGCUCCAGCAGCUCCAUCACCUACCUCAGCACCUUCCAAUACCAGUGCAUCUGUUACUAAAAUGGACAUAGAUGAAACUUGUCAUUCAGGCAGCCCUGAUGCUGUUGAAAAAGGUGUCAAGAAACUGAAAAUUGUUGCGGAACCAAAUCUCAACACACUUGGUUCUAACCAAUCCAACUCAGAAUCCAGUACUAAGGGACCUCAAAACAGUGUCUCAUCACCAGGCCCCAUGGGUCCGUCUGUGUCAUCAUCUGCCAACAGUAUUGUUGUGUCAGUGCCUCUCACAGCCGCUGUUUCUUUACCAAAUACAGCGAGUCAACAGGUGUCAAGUGCCAUAAACCAAGCUAUGAGCAAUUCAUCUUCAACACCUAUUGUACCUUCAGCAAUACCUGCGGAUCCCCACCCAUCUCAAAUAUCAAGCAGUAGUGGCAACAGUUCAAACAAGCUUCCUGCCUCAGAAAAUUUGGGGAAAAGAUCAAGGUCAUUUUCUGGUGAAAAACCAGAGAGGGUGGAGAAGCAGGAUAAGCGCAAGCUUAAGCGAGGUGGACAGCAUCAAGUAGGGGCUUCCUCAUCAGUACCUUCCAAUCCUACACCCUCUCCCAGUCCUGCAACUCCUACAACACCCUCUCCACCAACCUCAUCUGUGACUCCUCCUGUUUCUACUCCACUGCCGAGUCCUUCCCCCCUGCCUUUACUUUCUGCUCCCAUAUUAUCAACCUCGUCUUUUUCCAUGAAUCCAUCUCCAAUUUCUGUUUCUCCUUCCAUAACGCCAGCCCCCAUUCUAUCUCCUGUUUCUUCAACUUCUUUAUCACAUUCUCCCAUGCUUGGGAGACGUGGACGACCAAGUAGUACAUCCAACCCCCCUCCAACUCCUCCUGUUCCUACACAAACGCCCCCUACUAUUACUUCUUCACCUCUUGAUACAAAGCCAGGCCCUGACGACCUCUCUAGUUCUGCUAUUUCUAUGAAAGAGUCACCACCAAGUAGUCCGGAACCAGUGCCCCAUCGAGGUAGACCUAAAGGCCGUCGGGGACAUAAUACUGUGCAAAGCUCCAAGGAAGAGAAGGAGCAGAAAAUAUUCCAGAAUGGUGUUACAUCUAUAAAUAAUGCCCCACACAUGCUGGGUCAUCAACUAAACCCUUCCUCCUCAAUGGCACAGAAAAUGUCAGAUACUCUAACUGCUGAGCUAGAAGCACAUUCAGUCUUCAGUUCCGAACCAAAUCUGUCAAACCAAAACAAUCUCGUUGGACCUCAACUUCCCACUAAAGUCCUGGCUAAUGCUAGAGCUGCAGAGACUAGAAGUACACCUAGUUCAGGUGUGAUACCGCAAACAUUGGAUCAACUUUUGGAAAGACAGUGGGAGCAAGGAAGUCAAUUCUUGAUGGAGCAGGCUCAACAUUUUGACAUUGCAUCUUUGCUAACAUGUUUGCACCAGUUACGGUCUGAAAAUACUCGCUUAGAAGAACAUAUAAGGAAACUGUUAGCACGCCGUGAUCAUUUACUUGCUGUGAACGCUCGUUUAGCAAUUCCUCUGACCCAAUCUCAGCCACCAACACCACCACAUGGAACACCAGGUCAAUUUUUGAAUUGUCUCCCUGACGGUAUUGGAGCCGGACCGAGCCCUGGGCCCUUAACGCCUCAAGGAGGCUCUCAAGGACCAACAGGGCCUCCAAGCCAGUCUGUUGGAAGUGUUGGAGCUCCUCAUGUAGCUCAGGGCUCACCUCAGCUGCCUUCUCAAGGAGCUGCGUCCGUCUCAACUGGCCACCACGUCCACCAGUCAAGUCACUCGCAAAACCAUACUCAGAGCCACUCUCAGAGCCACUCGCAAGGCCAUCCACAACACUUGCAGCACUCACAGGGUCAUCCACAGUCACUUUCUCACCUGCACCAGCAGGGUCAUUCUCAAGGACACCCGCAGGGUCAUCCUUCAGGACACCCGCAGGGUCAUCCUUCAAGUCAUUCUCAAGGACACCCUCCAAGUCAUUCCCAGGGACAUCCCCAAGGACUCUCUCAAGGACACCCUCAAGGACAUCCGCAAGGACUUACAUCAGGACAUUCUCAAGGUCAUCCUUCAGGACAUCCUCAGGGACAUCCUCAGAGUCACUCUCAAGGGCAUCCUCAGGGUCAUCCUCAAACUCUAUUGCAAAAUCCUCCAAGCCAGUCAUCAAGACAGACUUCACAACGAAGUUCAUAUGGCCAACCUAGCCUGGAAAAUGGAUUACCUUCAGAGUCUAGCUCAAUGCUUCAGGGCUAUGGAGCUCACCAACGGCCUCAACCCAGUCCAAACAUCAGGCACACUCAAUCUGGCAGUCCAUACAUGAUGAGUCAAACACCACCCACCUCGAAUCCAAGUGUUGUUCGCAGCAGUCCUGUAUCAUCAGAGCAAGGGCGCAGAGGUGUGGGUGUGACGGUGCCCAUGCAAGGAUAUCCCAUGUACCCUCAGGGCAGUGCCAUCAUGAUGCCUGUCCCACCUCAGCAGGUGGUGAUGCAUCGAGAAGCUGACCUGCACCAUCCCACACCGUCCAAGCAUAGCUGAGGGUUCGCCUGGCGCGGCCCUGCUCCCUCGAGCAGAGUGCUGCAGCUGCAUUCGGGAGGAAGAUGGCGCCAUCAAAACUUCUAUGCAUACCAACAAGCUAAUCAUGCAACGUUGUUGUCUUCUUCAGCACAUGCUUAUUCUUGGUACCAACGUCCUCCAGGUUCUGCAUCUCACUCGCGCCUUAGUCUCUAUCGUUCAUACUUUUCCCACCAUUGAAAAAUAGCUCAAGAUCUCCUGCCAUAAUCAUUUUCCUUUUAUGAUUCAUCUUAAAGUGUUUGCAAUACGUACAUACAACGAAUAUUUGAAGCCUGUGAAAAGUGAGUGAAUUUUGACCAUGGCAAAGACAUUGUUACUUUGUUGAAUCUUUUUUUAAAUCUAUCUACAAUUUAUAUCUAUGUAUAAGAGUUUGUGCAAUAUUAGAAAUCCUUCCUGUUUUUUUGUUAUCUGUUACUUUUUUUUCCUUUUGAGAUAGAAUGUUUCAAUCAAUGUUGCGAAAUACUUUUGUAACUUGCCUGGACAGACUUUAGUCCACUCUGCUUGUAAUUUUACUUCAGUGUGCUUUGAUUGACUUAAAGAUAUCUGUUUUGAAGGUCUUUUUGUAUAUUUUGUUUUGGUAUGGAAACUAAAAGUAAUUUUGUACCAGGGUACUGUGUAGUUAAUUCUUGUAUCAUUUUUAUUAGUCGUAAAUGCUUGUCAUUUGCACAAAAAUCACUUCUGUUAAGAUCCUUUUGAAAUAAUAUUAGAUGUAUCUUUGUGUCUUAAACUAACUGUGUCUAAAUUUAAUUUAUUAUCAAGGAGUGAUCAUAAAUUUAACUUUUUUUUUAAAUGAGUAAUUUAGUUCAUAUUUGACAAAUUAAAAUUAAGUUUUUAGGGUUAUAUACCUUUUCAAAAUUUACUACUGGAGUAGCAAAUAAGGUAGCCUUAUCAAUAGCAUGUUGUAUCAUGUAAUAUGAAUCAGUAUUAUUAAGGGACUAUUGCAUCUUUUGGCUACAAUGUUAAACUGAGAUGCAGCAGGAAUGUAGUUCAUGGUGGGAAGUAUCAAUCGGGUGACUGCUGUAUAUUUUUGUAUCACUGCCAAGACUGUUUUGCCGAGUAUAAGGCUAAUGUAUGUAUUAUUAGUUGGAUCGAUUGUAUUGGUGCUGAUACCAAACAGAGGUGUUUUAUUGUCUUAGUGGGUUUACCAUGUUCUUACUUGACAUUCAUCUCACUUGUUUCUUUCAUGUUGUAACUGUAAAAGUUAUACCUUUCUGUAAUUGGUUAUCUCACUCUUAGAUUGAAAUAGGCUUUUCUUUCUUUUUUGUUUUCUUAUUUUUUUGUUUUUUGUUUUUUGUAUAUGAUUAGCUCAGUUCCUCUCCUGCUUCCAAAGUUGUUUCUUUAUGUACCUUUUUUGAGCAAAUCUUGAUUGUUUUGCGUUUUGCUUUCAAAUGGUAAGAAACACUCAUAUUGUUGCCAAACUCAGUUUUGGAUCAACAAAACCUGUAUAGAAAGGAUGGAAUGGACAAAAUGCUUAAACUUAUUGCUUUGUAUAAUUAUCGCUAAUGUAAUUGUUAAGUAUAUGAUGCAUGGUAAAAUCACUAGUUGUAGGCCUAACUAAACUGUAUGAACUAUCCAUUUCUUGUAAAAAUAUUGAGUAAGGAAUGAGGCGUAUCAGUUAUGUUUAUGUGCAGUGGAUUGAAAGAGACUAGACUGAGUUGGGGCAUGGCUAGACAAACAAGGUUACUUAUUCAGGCAGCCUGAUUCCCAAGACUAUCCCCGUUCCAGUCAAACAAAAUCCGAAAUUCUGGUCUUUUGAUAUUUAUAUUAACUGAUCAACAUUUUUGUCAUUGUUAUUCCCAACAUGAGCCUACCCCUAUUAAUGUGCGCUGCACAGUACAGGGUCUUGUUAACUCUGUUAACCAGUUUGUCAGUUAAAAAUGAAAUGAGCUUUCUCCAAAUUUGGUGACUGGUCCAAGUAGUCAUAAUGAUUAAAUGACGUAAUUAGUCUCAACCCUGCUCCUCUCUCAUCUUAGUCGAAUUCUACCUCCUGUUCUGUGUUGUCUCAGACUUUCCCCUAAAACAUAAAAUGUGAUAUGUUGCAAUAUUUUAAGUUAGGUGAAAAAUGUCAAAAUAUUUAUACUGUUAAUUUGCGAGGAUUUGAGUGUCUUGUACAAAGCAAAAACAGUUUAUAGUUUGACUCUAUAACUGCCAUAGGUUUGUUAAAUAAAAAAUAAAUACCGGU